AUGGUCUUCAACGCUCUGGCCAGGCAGGCCGGUCACAGGCUCCCGCGCAGCCCCCUCGCCACGCCCGUAGCUAGCCGCACGCUGCCGGCAGCCCUCCCUACAGCAGUCGCAUUGGCGAGGUGCUACGCAACACCACCACCACCGUCGUCGUCGUCGUCCGGCAGCGGCAAAAAGGCUCCCGCUGACCCCUCCGAGCAGCAGGCUGCCGCCUCCCAGGCCUCGGCUUCCGACGCACCCUCAGCCACCACCGCCGAUGCCGCCGCGGACGCAUCUUCGACUUCGGCCCCGCUUCCCAAGCGCGGAUCCUCCUCGCUCUUCGACAUCGACACCUCCGAGAGCGCAUUCGCCCAGCAGAUGAUCGAGUCGCAGGACGGGUCCGACAAGGACGCAAAGGGCGGUGGAAAGACGGGCGCGAGGCCAAAGGGCGCCCGGUCGAUGUCUUCGAUCGAGAAGAAGCGCCAGACGACCACCCGCUUCUUUGGUGGCCUCGCGCUCAUCGGACUCGGAGCGACGGCAGCCAACAUGGGCCGCGACUGGGACAGCGAGGCGGAAAGGCAGCGUUUCGUUGAGCAGACCAAGGACAGCGACAACUUCUUCUCGCGCAUCAAGUUCCGGGUGACGUCCAUGUACGAGGACCUCAACAAGCCGGCGUGGGAGCAGCUGCUGCCCGACCCGCUCCCCUUCCCCUACUCGCGGCCCUAUACCCUGGUCAUCGACAUGGACGACCUCCUGGUGCACUCCGAGUGGAGCCGCGAGCACGGCUGGCGCACGGCCAAGCGGCCCGGCCUCGACUACUUCCUGGGCUACCUCUCGCAGUGGUACGAGAUUGUCCUCUUCACGACGCAGCCGGCUUUCACCGCGGCGCCGAUCGUCGAGAAGCUCGACCCGGACCGCCGCUACAUCGCCUACACUCUCUUCCGCGAGAGCUGCCGCAGCGUCGACGGCAAGCUGGUCAAGGAUCUCGACUACCUCAACCGCGACCGCAAAAAGGUCGUCGUCCUCGACACCAAGCCCGACUCGUUUGCGCUGCAGCCCGAAAACGGCAUCCUGAUCAAGCCCUGGAAGGGCGAAAAGGCGGACCGCGACCUGAUCGGCAUGGUGCCCUUCUUUGAAGCCAUCGGCAUCUACAACAUCGACGACGUGCGCAACACGAUCAAGGCGUACGAGGGCAAGCACAUCCCCACCGAGCACGCCAGGCGGGCCAACGAGAUCCGCGAGCGCGAGCUGGCCGAGAUCCGCGCCAAGAACGAACGCCUGGGCAAGCUCGGCGGCCUCUUUGGCGGCAUCAAAUCCGCCGGAGCUGGUCCGGCACCGGACAAGACGUGGUACGAGAUGGAGCGGGAACGGUACCAGGCCGGAUACGCCGAGGACCUCAAGUACUGGCGCGAGAAUGGCGAGGCGUUGAGGAAGCAGGCAAAGGAGGAGCAGGAACGCCAGAUCAAGGAGAUGAAGCUCAACGCUUGGAGCGUCAUUACGGGUCAAGGCCUCAAACCCCCCGGUCAGGAAGAUGGCGCCGCUCCCCCCCAGCAGCAGCAGCAGCAGCAGUAA